UUCCAUAGGCGGCGGUAGACCUGUCCCUCGCGCACCAUAAUUCCUUUUUUUGUUGUGAGACGCGGAGGGUAGCGAAGUCAUGGGCAAGCUUCAGGAAUUCGAUAUUACUUUUACCAACAACAAAGUGGUCUACAGCCCUGGCGAAUCCAUAAGUGGAACUGUGAAAAUUACAAGUGGUAGCUCACUGCAAUAUAAGGCCAUUAAGGUGAACUGCCUGGGAUCAUGUGGGGUCUCCAACAAAAUGAACGACACGUCGUGGACACUGGAAGAGCAAUACUUCAGCAGCACACUGUCUGUAGCUGACAAAGGUACCCUGGCAGCUGGCGAGCACAGUUUCCCUUUCCAAUUUGUCAUCCCAGUGGCUGCACCAACCUCCUUUGAAGGGCCCUUUGGGAAAAUUGUUUACCGUGUGAGAGCCGUCAUAGACACACCUCGCUUCUCCAAGGACUACAAGGCCCAGAAGCCCUUUUACCUACUCAACCUGCUCAACCUCAAUCAAGUGCCCGACAUUGAGCAACCCAGUUAUGCUGUGACCACUAAGAGGUUCAGCUAUCUCCUGGUGAAGACAGGCACCCUCAUGCUGAAGGCUUGCAGUGACCUGAGGGGAUACACACCAGGCCAGAUCAUCAGACUAGCCACUGAGAUCCACAACAAGUCAGGCAAGGACACGGGCUGCGUGCUGGCCAGUCUCAUACAGAAAGUGACUUAUAAGACCAAACGAGCUUUGUACGACCUGCGGACCAUAGCAGAGGUAGAGGGGGCGGGAGUGAAGGCGGGGAAACACGCUGAGUGGCGAGAGCAGAUCAUCGUACCGCCCCUCCCCCAGUCUGCCCUGGCCGGCUGCAGCCUCAUAGAGAUCGACUACUUCAUCCAGGUAUCACUAAAAUCCCCUGAGACGGUUGUCACUUUACCCAUCUACAUCGGGAACAUCGCUGUCAACUUGACCCCGUCACGAGCUAUGCCCUCAACCCCAGCCCUAACACCCAUCAGCCCUAACACCGGCCUGGAAGGGGUUACCCCCAGCGCACCCCCAGCUGAGGAGGACCUGGAGGAGGAGUUGGGUGCAGGGGGUUCAGUCAGCGAGGAGAUCCCCACUAAGAGCCACUCCCAGCAGGACCAAUCCGGCCGGCCCCCCACCAUGUCCCCCAGUGCAUUUAGCUACGCUCCCGGUGCAGCUUUCCCACCCAGCCAGCGACGUGCCGACGACACCUCUGCGCCUCUGUUCUGUGUGUCCACUGGGUCCACCAUCCCUUUCUUUACAGAGGGAAACGUCACCCCAGUACCCACGUCCUGUCCUCUCAUACUCCCCCCUGAGUACAGCACCUGGGACUACCCACAUGAACCCCCUCCCACCUAUGAGGAGAGCUGCAGCAGCAACAACUCCAGCUUCAACAACAGCAGGCCGUAGAGGAGAGGGGACUGAGCAUAAUGCAGCUCAAAACUGCAAUUACACCCCCUAAAGGACAAAUAGGGUACUGCAGCCCUAGCUCCAAGGGGAUAGAAGACGCUAACCUCCUAAAUGUUACACUUAAACAGGGCUCUCCAACCCUGUUCCUGGAGCUACCCACCUGUAGUUUUUCACUCCGACCCUGUUCCUGGAGCUACCCUCCUGUAGGUUUUCACUCCGACCCUGUUCCUGGAGCUACCCUCCUGUAGGUUUUCACUCCGACCCUAUUCCUUGAAAACCUACAGGAGGGUAGCUCCAGGAAUAGGGUUGGAGUGAAAACCUACAGGACUGUAGCUCUCCAGGAACGGGGCUGAAGUGAAAACCUACAGGACGGUAGCUCUCCAGGAAUAGGGUUGGAGUGAAAACCUACAGGACGGUAGCUCUCCAGGAAUAGGGUUGGAGUGAAAACCUACAGGACGGUAAGCUCUCCAGGAAUAGGGUUGGAGUGAAAACCUACAGGACUGUAGCUCUCCAGGAAUAGGGUUGGAGUGAAAACUUACAGGACGGUAGCUCUCCAGGAACAGGGUUGGAGAGCCCUGCUCUAAAUAUGUUUAAAAAAGGGAUCAUAUCUGUUGUUUUUUGUGUGUGUGUCAUGAUGGUUUAUACCCCUUUUUCUCCCUGACUAAAAUGUCCUGCUAUUAUAUAGAUUGCUUGAGAGAGAACAUGAACUGUGUCUAAAAUUAGCACUUCAGAGUAAACAUAUAGUGGGUAUGAUAUUCCAUGAUUAGAGCCCCAUUGGAGGCUAAACAUUUUUGCAUUUGAGAAUAUUCUUGCAUCUAUGAUGCCUUGAAAUUGUUGUAGGCCCGCUACUGUCUCUCCUUCAUCCUUCAGACACAACCAAAAGCUGGCCUUUGUUGUAGUUUCUUUCCAAAUGUGCACACUACUGUAAUUCCGAUCCAUCACUGUCCACUUCCACCACAGUGGCUCCGUCUUUUGAUGGGUAGAGUCGGGCUGGCCUAGCUGGACAUCAAGACCUGAGCAUGCCUACCCCCUGGUGGCCAUCAACGGAAGAGAAUGUUGCCCAUCAACAGAAGAGAAUGUUGCCCAUCAACGGAAGAGAAUGUUGCCCAUUGGGAAAGCUUCUGACCAUCACUAAGGGCACUAUUAAAUCUGUAAAGCUGAAGCGUUGCAGAUUCCACGAUAGAAAUGUAGAGGUCAAUUCCCAUUGAGCCGACAUCUGCAGCGUUUACAGUCUCCGCUAAAAGCAGGAACAUGGUCUUUAAAUGUCAAGCACGCUGUAAAGCAGAUUGAAUAGAGCCCUAAAGCACUGGAACUCAAUGAUGCCUGCUAAGUAGAACAUACUCCUUCAACCUGUGAUCUACUGACCAGGGGCUUCAUAUCUUGUCACACCUCAUCAUCUUGAAACAGACAAGCGGGACAUUGUACUCUUGGGUGUGUAGGGGUAAUUGACAUAGCAAGGUUGGAUAUGCAUUUAUGACAUCUGAUGCAAACACUUUUACCUUCCUCUGUUUUUUUUUACCCUGGAUACAAUUUUGUACCCUGAUUCUCCCCAUGUGGCCUUAACUCCUUCUGUUCUACCUACAUUACUAUGUGGUGAUGAAGACGGUUGUCUUCGGGGUUGCUGUUGCUUUUGAAAUGGCAGUCAAUGCAGAUAACAUUUGUUGGUGCGACAACCAACAGUGUGAAAUGUUCAAGCACAAGACAGCACUUUUUGGCAGUUUGAAACAGUGCAUGUAUAUGUUGUUGUGUGUGAAUGUGUAUGUAGUGUACCAGUUCCUGUUGGUGAUCGCCCCUCCUGUCUUUGGCAGUUGAUAACGUCAAGUUGUAAAACUGAGCUGUCCAUAUCAUCCACUGUGUGUUUAUGUUGAUUUGUAUGUCUUGUUUCUGUCUCAAUGACAGCCUCCUUUUGUAUGUCUAGGCCAACCACACUGUGGCUUAUGUUUCAUACAAUUCUGUAAUUACAAACUUUAGCACCUGCUGUGGGAAUAAAUGUAUAUAGCCAUCCCUCCUGUAAAGGCAGCCUCGUGCUGUCAAAGCCUUCAUAUACCAGAAAAUAGAUUAGCAGAUGAUAUUGGGAAUUGAUCUGCGGUUUAGACCACUGCUCUAAAGUAAUAAGGCAUCAGCUCUGAAAGAACCAUAGAAAUCACACCUCUACUUUAUUUACCAUCUUCUCAGAGUUUACUCACGUCACUAACAAAUUACAUCUACUAUUGUGUGAAACGUACGAUUCCCGAAAAUAAGGCCAAGCUGCUAAAUCAAAAUGUGCAAUAUAUUGUCAACAUUUAUGGUCUUAAUUUGAGGUUAGGAUUAGGAAUACGGUUAGCAGUGUGGUUAAGGUUAAAAUAUGAUUUGAUUUUAAGAAGAGAAGUAGAUCUUCCGGCUUUGCAGCUUGACCAGAAAGUGACAUCCGAAAUAUACUAUGUAAUACACUCAUUAAACAUCACUAGACAUAAUAUUACACCUUCUACUGUGUGAAACAUACUGUGUAAUGUACAUGUCCACUGAGUUGUUGUUAAACCAAGCCUUAACUACAUGAUCCCAGUUCCCAUUAGUCUGCAUAGUCAUCAUCCUCAUCCAGGUGCUAGAGGUUUGGAAUAGGAUCUCUUUGUCUAGGAGAAUAUUGGGAGUGCUUUUGUGGCCCUCCCUGUUUUAUCUACUGGUCUCCCCAGGACUGAGGAUGCACUGAAUGAAUACUAAAGUAGCUGUGAAACCCUUGAGGAUUUUCCUCAAAUGUAUUUCAGCUCUGCUUGUGGACCUUGGAUCUCCUCUUUUUUAAUCCUAGAAAAAGAACAAGACAAAAAAAUGUGCAAUUCUGUUAUCUCCGUGUUUGGUACGGCAGCUUAGUUCAAGUCAUUUCAUGCUGCUUUUAUCAAUCCUGCCCCACUGUUUUUAUUUCUCUUCACCAAAGGUACUAUAGCUUUCUAAACUCCAUGUUUUCGUUGUACAUUCUUUCCCCUCACAAAUCGGUGAGUGGUGUACAUGUGGUUUUGUAUUUUUCUACUUGUGAACAGUUUUCUGGUGCAAAUGGUAGGCAUUUGAGAGAGAGAAAAUAUUAUGGAGAAAAAAAUGUAGCACCAUAGUCAAUCAAAAUUGUACAGUUUAACCAAUAAAAUUAUAAUCUGACAUAUCCUUUUUACUGGUUUUGCAAAGGAAAUGGUUUCUUGGGCCCUAUAUUUACCUGUCCCAAAGCACAAAGAUAUCAUGUUAUGAUACUAUAAGUGGUUGGAUGAUAGAGAAUUAAAGGUGACCUCAGGUGCCGUCAAAGGAAAUGGGUCUAUCAACUGCUUUAAAAGAUGGGAACAUAUGUCUUGUGUUCUGCCUGUGUAAUCCUACAUGCCUUGGUGUGACUGAGAUGCUAUACUUUAGCCUCCUUCCUUAAUGUUUUGACAAUGACAUGGCCCAAAGACUGUCCAGUAGCCAUGACAAUGGGAGCAGCAGGGUAGAGCGUGAGAAGAGCAAGGAAGAAACAGCCUUUUCAGGCAUCAUCCCCGGGCUCGCCACCUCACUGUUUACCGCAGCAUCGCUCAUCCUCUGUUGCCAUAGAAACUGCUUAGCCCCAAUCCGCCAGCCUCCCUGUGUCACACACGGACCACAGAGCUCAUGUCUGCUUGCAUACCUGCCAAGAGAUGAAGGGAAUAUAAUCUGCAAGGGCAACAUAAUUUCACAUUUCACAUAAUGUGCAGAAUCACUGCUGGAUAUUCUAUGCUGGUAUGUGGCCAUUGCUUAAUUUAUGUCAUGCUGCAACAGCUACUGUUGGAUCUUUUUAUAAUGGAAGUAAAUAUUGGGGCCAACAUCUAGACUAUUGCCUUGUCUUCAGCUCCACCACCUGCUGUGAUGAUAUAAUGACCCAAACAAGGUGUGUGGGCUACAGGCCUAUAUCAUUAUCAACCACAGGAGACAGAGCUAGUGGUGAGUUAAAGUUAGCCCCUGUAUAUACGGUAUAUCGUUUGACAUUCUUUUCAUACAUUUUUUACAUACACCAGAAUGUACAAACCACUUGUGAGGUAAAUCAUUUGAGGGUUUAGAAUGUGUGAUGUUAGAGAGCGCACAGAAAACCCCUCCCUGACACCCCCCCCCUCCCGCUGACCUAUUUGUUACGUCACUGGCCUACUACAGUGUCCUUGGAUGACUGACCUAUCGUCGAUCAUAACCAAUUUGCAUUUCAUCAUAGUAAAUUGGACGAGCAAUCCAACGCAUACAUGGAUGAAGAAAUGGUAAAUUGCCUACUUAACUAAUGAAAUAUGGAAGAACUACAAGUAGCCUAUGAGAUUAAUGGCAGUAUGGUUAAGUGAUUAGAAUGAUCUAGGCCUAAUUAUCUAGGGUAACCAUACAAUGAGCUCACUACCAAUUGAUUAAAAAAAUGCUGUUUAGGGUUUCAACCAAUUAAUCUGGUUGUCAGAUCCAAACCAGUUUUUAUUCUGAGCCAAUCAGAUGUUUUUGGCCUAUGAUGGUUUUGAAAAAUGUAGCAACUCCGUGCACUUUCCUGAUGAAGUCUACGGCUGAGCCUCUUUAUCAGCUAGUUCCAUGGAAACACUGACUUCUAUGCCAAGGUCAGAAUACUUUCUGUUAACAGUAUCUUUUGUGGCUUCACUCCGUAUGCCACAUACUAGUCUGUCUAAUGGUGUAAUUUAGAACAUAAAUAAACUCAGAGAAUUAUGAGUUAAAUUAACACAGCUGCAAACAUUCUGCAGCGAUACGCCAUCCCAUCUGGUUUGCGUUUAGUGGGACUAUCAUUUGUUUUUCAACAGGACAAUGACCCAACACAGGCUGUGUAAGGGCUAUUUGACCAAUAAGGAGUGAUGGAGUGCUGCAUCAGAUGACCUGGCCUCCACAACCACCAAACCUCAACCCAAUUGAGAUGAUUUGGGAUGAGUUGGACCGCAGAGUGAAGGAAAAGCAGCCAACAAGUGCUCAGCAUAUGUGGAAACGCCUUCAAAACUGUUGGAAAAGCAUUCCAGGUGAAGCUGGUUGAGAGAAUGCCAAGAGUGUGCAAAGCUGUCAGAGGCAAAGGGUGGCUACUUUCAAGAAUGUUAAAUAUAAAAUAUAUUUUGAUUUGUUUCACACUUUUUUGGUUACUACAGGAUUCCAUGUUAUUUCAUAGUUUGUCUUCACUGUUAUUCUACAAUGUAAAAAUAAAAACCCUUGAAUGAG